UGUCACAUGAACGUAGCAUCACUCAGUCAUGGCGCCGGCCAAGAAACGCAACGUGAGUUCGGCAAAAACAACAGAACAAAGUGUAAAAACAGCUAAAAUUGACCUAAAUACCAAAGUCGAGAGCAUACUUGAAAGUAGAAAAAAUGCCAACGACGUUUUUGACAUCCUCGAGUUCCUUCAGUCAGCAAAAGAGAAGGAUGUUGUCAAUGCUGUCAAUGCAUGCAGCAAAUUGUUCUGCACCUUGUUGGAGAAGAAAGAGCUGUUUUUGGGGAAACUGCCCGGAGAGGAGGAGGCGUUGAGUGGAGGGUAUAGUGCUGAGGAGAAGUACCGCAUGUUCAUGCGACACCGUUACAACAGCUGUGUGGAGAUGCUGCUUGAGCACCUGAGCCAUGAACUUCACGGAGUCAAGGAGAGUGCCCUGUGCUGCCUGAUGAAGUUUGCUGCAGGAGAAGGACAGCAUCCCCUCGAGGACUUGGACUGGAGUGAACACUACAGCUUCCCAAGAGAACUCAUCCAGGCAGUGGUGAAACGACUGUUGUCCAAAACUACAGACAACUCCCUGAUGAUCUCCAGAUUCCAGGAGUUCCUUGAGAUGGAGGAUGUACGCUAUUAUGUCAUGAGCUCCAUCCGUGAGGAUGUGGGCAAAGUCAUGGACAAAAACAAAGGGGCAUUGGUUCCCAUAUAUCAGAACAAUGUGUUCACCCUCAUGUCCAACAUCAGUGUACCAAGCCAGGAGUCGGAACUCACCAACUUUAUGGUCAAACAGGAAGCCAAGCAUGAUGACUGGAAAGUUGCUAAACUGAAUGAACACAAGCGUGUCUUUGAGAGGAUGUGGCUGGGCUUUCUCAAGUAUAAGCUGCCAAGCAACAUGUAUAAAAAGAUCUUGGUGAUCCUCCAUGACUCCAUUUUACCCCACAUGAGUAAACCCACACUGAUGAUUGACUUCUUGACUGCUGCCUAUGAAGUUGGUGGGGCUAUCAGCCUGCUGGCCCUCAAUGGCCUUUUUGUCCUCAUACAUCAACACAACCUAGAUUACCCGGAUUUCUACAAGAAGUUGUAUAAUCUGCUUGAGCCUUCUGUUUUCCAUGUGAAGUACAGAGCACGCUUUUUCCACCUAGCUAACCUCUUCCUUAGCUCCAGUCACUUGCCAGUGUACCUAGUGGCUGCAUUUGCCAAACGCCUGGCUCGUUUGGCUCUCACAGCACCGCCUACGGCCCUCUUCAUAGUGCUGCCCUUCAUCUACAACCUGAUCCGUCGCCACCCAUCCUGCAGAGUCCUUAUUCACAAGCCCAGCACAGAAGAUGAGCCUUUGGAGGACCCAUAUCUAAUGGAUGAAGAGGACCCUGCUCAGUGCCGUGCCUUAGAGAGCAGCUUGUGGGAGAUUAAGACACUGCAGAAGCAUUACCAUCCAGAUGUGGCCAAAGCUGCUAUGUCGAUCAACACACCUCUGUCAGAAAAAGAGGAUGACAUCAGCGAGGUGCUGGAGAUAACAACAUAUGAGCUGAUGGAGAGAGACCUGAAGCAGUCUCAGACCAAGAGUGUCCCACUGGAGUUUGAAACUGCCACACAGUUACUAAAAGGAGGGGCUAAUGUGUUAGGACAGCACUUCUGUCUGGAUUAAAACAAGGUGCUGCAUUCACAGCGUGGUAUGCAUUUCUAGGACCAGUUCAUCUGUCAAGGUGAAUGUUUACAGCUGUUUGGCCUGAACAGGAAGUGUGGACAGACCACUCUGAGACCAGCUGCAGCAGCAGCAACUGGAAAAAAACAGAAAUGCCUUUGAUCUGGAGUUAUGUUUUUCUCCAUGAAAAUUGAUGUGUAACUAUUGUACAUUAGUAAAAACCUUUUCCAUAGUUCAUGGUGAAUAAAUCUCAUUGUUUCUAUUGGG